GAAAGGAGUACUAACGUUAAUAACAACUGGAUUAAAUCCUAUAACUAAAUCACAAUGGAACAUGCAUAACAUGUCUGAGUGAAACUUGAAUUUUUACUCACCCUAAGGCUACUAUGUACCACUAUGUAGAUGCACAUUUUUCUUCAUUGCAGUGGAAUGCAGAAAUAGUAAAGACGGACAGGUAAACAGGUAGAGUGAGUCAGGCAGUGAUGUCAUAAGAAAACCUUUCUGUGAAGUAUCAACACGCAGUGAUAGAUGGAUAUUCCUGCAUGUACUUCAGCAACAGUAGGGUCCACAUCCCCACCUCCUGCUUACAAUGACAUUAGUAAGUUUCCCCUUUAUGAGGAAAUUAUUCCUGCUUCACCGCCACCAGAUUAUACCGCCGCCACAGCGCCACCAUCUGUCAGGGAUAGAGAGAUUCCUCAAAAUACUAAUAGAAGAACGGCAAACCCUUAUCCUGUACUCAAUGUGCCCCCUCAAAUUGAAGUGGUCGAACACAGAGAACAAAUAUUCAUGCAGCAGAUAGUGCAGCCUGUAUCUCCUCAAGUGAUCAUAGUGCAGCCACAGCAGAUGUUUGUUCGUCUGGAUGACUCUCCGACUGCGACUGUGUGCAAGUACUGCCACAAGAGCAUCAUCACUAAUGUGCAAUAUAAAUCUGGUUCUGCCGCAUGGGGCAUGUGCUGCUUAUUAACUUUACUUGGGCUCAUUUGUGGAUUUUGCCUCAUCCCAUUCUGUGUCAGGGGGUUUAAAGAUGCCCAUCACUCCUGUCCUUACUGCAAUAAGCACUUAGGAAUAUACACCCGUAAAUGAUUUUAUUUGCUCAAAAAUAGUCAAGAUUAUGAUCAAUAUUUGUAUUUAAAAGUCUAUACACUGCCACAAUGUAUUAAAAUAGUUAUAAUGCAAAACUUUGCUUUCUUAUAAUAUAUCCUAUUUAAAUAUUUGUCAUAAUGUAUCCACACUUUUACACUGUAUUUAAUGUGAUAAAUAUACAUUACGCUAAUUUUAAUGUAUUGUUUUAUUACUUAAAAAGGAUAAAUGUCUUUACAGAAAAAAACUUCAAUACAAAUGAGGCUGUAAUACAUUUUUACAAAUACCAUUUGUGUGUGUAUUAAUAUGUAAAUAACAAUAUAUGUUAUUAUAAAAAAUAAUAAAGUAUACACUCUUUUUAUUGCUAUUCCAGGUCUACACUUUUACACCGUUUUACUCAAUUUACUAUUUAUUUAAAGAAAUUAAAGUAUAACUAAUGUGAUUCAUUUUUAAAAGAUUUUACUUUUAAAAAA